UUGUGGACUCGUGGUGCUGGCUGCCGCUGUUGAGGCGGCCGGGAACGGGCGGUGGGGAGCAGGCGGAGCUGGCCCUGCCUCUGCCUGGCCGGCGCCGCUGUCGGCGCGGGCCGCGCCCGCCGCGGUCAACUACCCUGAGCGCCUGCUGAGGCCGAGGGAGACGUCGGGGCCUGCACCUGGAGCAAGCCUGCCGCGCUGGCCCCGAGGAGGGGGCGUUGCCAUGGCGACAGCCUCUCCCGCAGCUGAUGGGGGGCGGGGGCGGCCCUGGGAAGGAGGGCUGGUCUCCUGGCCCCCUGCCCCUCCCCUUACGCUCCCCUGGACUUGGAUGGGUCCGAGUUGGGGGCAACACCCUGGGCAUUGGGGCUUUCCAGCUCUCACAGAACCUUCAGCAUCCCCAGCUGCCAGUCUUGGCAUCUUCGAAGUAAGGAGAGUUUUAGAUGCUUCUGGAUGUUCAAUGCUAGCACCUUUACAGACUGGAGCAGCUCGAUUUUCUUCGUAUUUACUUUCAAGAGCGAGAAAAGUGCUGGGCUCCCACUUAUUUUCUCCUUGUGGUGUUCCGGAGUUCUGCUCCAUAUCCACCAGAAAGCUGGCGGCCCACGGCUUUGGCGCAUCCAUGGCGGCAAUGGUGUCCUUUCCUCCCCAGAGGUAUCACUACUUUUUAGUGCUGGACUUUGAGGCCACGUGUGACAAGCCACAGAUUCAUCCUCAGGAAAUCAUCGAGUUCCCCAUCCUGAAACUAAAUGGCCGGACCAUGGAGAUUGAGUCCACCUUUCACAUGUAUGUCCAGCCUGUAGUUCAUCCACAGCUUACCCCCUUCUGUACAGAGCUCACCGGGAUUAUUCAAGCCAUGGUGGAUGGUCAGCCAAGCCUGGAGCAAGUGCUGGAGAGGGUCCAUGAGUGGAUGGCGAAGGAAGGCCUUUUAGAUCCAAACGUCAAGUCAAUUUUUGUCACCUGUGGAGACUGGGACUUAAAAGUCAUGCUUCCAGGCCAGUGCCAGUACUUGGGUUUGCCAGUGGCGGAUUACUUCAAGCAGUGGAUUAAUCUGAAAAAGGCUUACAGCUUCGCCAUGGGCUGCUGGCCCAAGAAUGGACUUCUAGACAUGAACAAGGGUCUCAGCCUGCAACACAUAGGCCGGCCCCACAGCGGCAUUGGUCAGUCCCUCUGCAAAUCCCCCUGGCAGCUCGAUGACUGCAAGAACAUCGCCAACAUCAUGAAGACACUCGCAUAUCGAGGCUUCAUCUUCAAGCAGACGUCGAAGCCGUUCUGAUUGGCCGAGGACGGGAUGGGGCAGGACAGGGUAGCUGCUUGGCCCAGCCCAGAAUCAUCCUCUCCCUCACCAGAGGGGAAAAGGGAGAGUGGCACAGUCCUGCGCCCAGAGUGUCCCCCAGCUGCCCUGUAGGCUUGUGCCUUGGGUAAGCGCUUGGCCGCUUGGCCUCUCUGGAGCAGACACUUUGUGCCCACCCCCACCCCCAUCCCUCAGUCUCAGCCCAGUAUUAGCCCUUCCCAUUGUGGGCCUGGGCUGGGGGACCCAGGCACUCGCCGCCGCCUCCUCCCUGGCACACAGGCUACUGCUGGGGCCACCAAGCUUCCCUGUCCCCCUUCCCAUCAUAGUGCAUGGUGUGUGGUGCCCCCAGGGCUCCAGGACAGAUCAGGCCCCACCUUGUGUCUACCCCCAUCCCCGCUGUGAACGUGCCACUGAAUAAAGUCGGGGAAACAAGG